AUGGGAGGAUCUGCUGUCUACCUGCUGGCUGUGUUUGCAUUCAGCUUAUCAGCCCUGUCUCACUGCCAGCCGCUAUGCACGUUGAUCACCCCAGGUGUCCUGCGUGUGGAAAGUGAAGAGAUGGUGAUUGUGGAAGCUCAUGGCCACCAUAGCCCGAUCGAGGCGAGAAUCACCGUGUACGACUUCCCACAGAAGAAGAGAGUCUUGGUUUCGACCACAGUCAGCCUGAACCCUGGAAAUGGCAUGAUGAACUCUGCCAAAAUUAAGGUUCCUGCUCAGCUACUGCCAAAAGAUGCCCAGAAGAAGGAAUAUGUCUACAUCGAAGCCAAGAGCAGCCUGUUCAUCUUAGAGAAGGUGGUUCUGCUUUCAUUCCACAGUGGCUACAUCUUCAUCCAGACGGAUAAGACCAUCUACACACCUGGGUCUACAGUGAAGUACCGGCUUUUCACUGUGGGUCACAUGUUGGACCCCAACUUAAAGGUGGUUUCUAUGGAGCUCAUGAAUCCAGAUGGGAUUAUUGUAGAGAAGAACAUGGUGUCCUCGAUGGACCAAGGCGGCAUUGUCUCCAGGAGCUACAAGAUCCCUGAUAUCGUGAACAGCGGAGUGUGGAAGAUUGUCUCCAAGUAUGAGCAUGCCCCUCAGGAGGCCUUCACCGCGGAGUUUGAAGUCAAGGAAUACGUGCUGCCUAGUUUCGAAGUGACGCUGGAGCCUUCUCAGAAGUUCUUCCUCAUUGACCAGAAUGAGCUUAGUAUCGACAUUACAGCCAAGUUCCUGUAUGGAAAGCCAGUUCAAGGCCAAGCCUAUGCGCUCUUUGGAGUGAUGGUGGAUAAUGAGAAAAGGAGCAUCGUGAACUCACUCAACAAAGUCCUGAUCAAGGAUGGCAAAGGCUGUGCUAAGCUAACCAAAGAAAUGUUGCAUAGCAGGUUCCCCAACCCCAGCGAGCUUCUCGGCCACUCAAUCUAUGUGACAGUGACAGUGCUGACAGACACCGGGAGUGACAUGGUGGAGGCUGAGAAAUCCGGGAUCCGCAUUGUGACCUCCCCCUACAAAAUCCUCUUCUCCAGAUCUGCUACGUACUUCAAACCCGGGCUGCCCUUUAACCUGGUGGUCUCCGUGGUGAAUGCAGACGGUUCCCCUGCCCCCCAGGUCCCCGUGCGCAGCGGAACAGGCACCAGCGGUUUGACACAGGCUGAUGGGACAGUGCAGCUAGCGAUCAACACCCCAGCAGAUGCAUCUCUGCUCUCAGUGAAGGUGGAAACUGUGGUUGCCAACCUCCAGCAGAAGCAUCAGAGCUCGGCAGUCUGGGCCAUGGUAGCCUACGGGUCGCAAGGGGGCUCGAGGAACUACCUGCACAUCUCAGUGCCAGCCACUCAGCUCCAGCCGGGGAACGCUCUGCCUGUGAGCUUCAGCUUGCGGAACAGUAACGCUGACGUUCAGAGGCAGAUCCACUAUUUCACCUACCUGAUCCUGAACAAAGGGAAGAUUGUCCGGGCUGGAAGACAAGCCAGGCAGGCGGGACAAACGCUGGUGACCAUGUUCCUGCCCAUUACUCCAGACCUCAUCCCUUCUUUCCGCAUCGUGGCUUACUAUCAAGUAGGGCAGAAGGAGAUCGUGGCAGACUCGGUCUGGUUGGACGUCCAGGACUCCUGUAUGGGAACGCUGAAGGUAACAGGCGCAACGGAGCAAGACAAUGAUGUCCAGGUGCCAGGUGGGAAGAUGAAUCUCCAAGUGAAGGGAGAUCCCGGAGCCAGGGUCGGGCUGGUGGCUGUGGAUAAAGCUGUGUAUGUGUUAAACAGGAAAUAUAAGUUCUCCCAAGCCAAGAUCUGGGACACAGUGGAGAAGAGCGACAUCGGCUGCACGCCCGGCAGCGGCAAGGACCACGUGGGGGUGUUUGCGGACGCUGGGCUGCUGCUUCAGACCAACGUUGGCAUUGAGACACCCCAGCGGGCAGAGUCCCGCUGCUCCCAGCCCACUCGGCUUCGGCGCUCACCCCUGAUGUCGAAGAGAAAAGCUGCCAAAGCGAGGCAAUAUCCAAGCCAACGCCUGCGGAAGUGCUGCCAAGACGGCAUGCAAGAGAACCCCAUGGGCUACUCCUGCGACCGACGAGCCAAGUACGUGCUGGAGGGUGGAGAGUGCGUCCAAGCCUUUCUCGACUGCUGCAAACACAUCUUCGACUGCUGCGAGCACACCUUCAAGAGGCCCCCCGUGUUUCACAAGCAGUUCCUGUUAGAGGACGGGGAGUACCUGGCGGAUGAGGACAUCGUCUCCAGGAGCCAGUUUGCCGAGAGCUGGCUCUGGCAAAUGGAGCUGCUGCCGCAGGAGGCCGAUCCGGACGGGCUGGCUUCCAGAACGGUGCUGGUGUACCUGGAGGACUCCAUCACCACCUGGGAGGUGCAGGCCGUGAGCCUCUCCGGGACAAAAGGGAUCUGCGUGGCCAACCCUUAUGAAAUAACAGUGAUGAAGCAGUUCUUCAUUGAUCUCCGGCUGCCCUACUCCGUGGUGCGGAACGAGCAGGUGGCCAUCCGGGCCGUGCUGUACAACUACGCGCCCCGGGCUCUCCAGAUCCGGGUGGAGCUCAUGUACAACGAGAAGAUCUGCAGCUCCAGCAGGCGCGACAGCCGGUUCCAGCAAGAGCUGAUGAUCCAAGCCGGAGCCUCUCGAGCCGUCUCCUACGUGAUCAUCCCCCUGGAGCUGGAGGAGGUGGAGAUCGAGGUGAGAGCGGCUGUCCAUGGGCUCCCCAUCGCAGAUGGAGUGAAGAAGAAGCUCAGGGUGGUGCCUGAGGGCAUGAAAAUAUUUAAGAACAUCAUGAGCAUCCUGCUGGAUCCUGCUGCCCGCGGCUCAGCCUCUGGGGAGCAGCUGGAGACAGUCGGGCCUGUGGACAUGAGUAAUGUGGUGCCCAACACCGAGCCAGUGACCUUCGUCAGCGUGAAGGGGGACAUCGUGGGCGACACAGUGGAGAACUCCAUCGACGGCGCCAACCUGAAGCACCUGAUCCAGGUCCCGGCGGGCUGCGGGGAACAGAACAUGAUCGGCAUGACCCCCGCUGUCAUCGCCACCCACUACCUGGACAGCAGCCGGCAAUGGGAGAGGCUCGGGGUGGAUCGCAGGGCGGAGGCCAUCAAGUUCAUCACUCGAGGGUACACCCAGCAGCUGGCUUACCGGAAAGCAGAUAACUCCUAUGCGGCCUUCACAAACAGACCAGCGAGCACCUGGCUGACGGCUUACGUGGUGAAGGUCUUUGCCCUGGCCUACGAACUGAUCGCUAUCGACCCCGAGGUGCUGUGCGGGGCUGUGAAGUGGCUGAUCCUGUACCAGCAGAAGCCUGAUGGGGCAUUCCAGGAGGAUGCCCCCGUGAUCCACGGGGAGAUGGUGGGAGGGUACCAAGGUUCAGAGCCGGAUGCUUCUCUGACAGCCUUUGUUGUCAUCGCUAUGGUGGAGGCCAGAGACAUUUGUCAGCAGUAUGUGAAGAGCUUGGGCAGAAGCAUCACGAAGGCUGGAGAUUACUUGACAAGGAGCGUGAAAGACUUGAAGAAACCCUACUCUGUGGCCAUCACGUCCUAUGCACUGGCGCUGCUGGGCCACGCCGAAGCAGGAGAGAGGCUCAUGGCAUUUUCCACAGGGGGAACACACUGGGCCGACCCCCAGUCUCGUCUCUACUCCAUCGAAUCCACCUCUUACGCCCUGCUGGCCUUGCUGAAGCAGAAGAAGUUGGAGCUGACAGGGCCCAUUGUCCGGUGGCUGACGGAGCAGCGGUACUACGGAGGAGGCUACGGCUCGACCCAGGCCACGAUCAUGGUCUUCCAGGCUCUGGCCCAGUAUCAGAUGGAUGUGUCAGAAACCAAGGACAUGGCCCUGGACGUUUCCAUUAACCUGCCGGGUCGGAGCAGGCCGCUGCUCUGGAGGAUCAACAGGGACAACGCCAUGGUGGCCCGGACAGAGCGGACCAAGCUGACCGAUGGCUUCACCAUCUCGGCCAAGGGACAUGGCAAAGGGACCCUGUCGGUGAUGAGGGUUUAUUACACGCCCUUGACGGAGGGGGCGGCAGCCUGUAAGAAGUUUGACUUUAGCGUCUCUGUGCAAAGGGCACCUGACGCCAAGAAGCCAGAAGGGGCCCUGGACUCUGUGUUCAUUCAGAUCUGCAUGCGGUUCCUGGGAGCGGUGGAUUCCACCAUGACCAUCCUGGACGUCUCCAUGCCCACCGGCUUCUCUCCGGACAUGGACGACUUGGAUAGGCUCACGAACCGUGUGGACAAAUACAUCUCCAAGUUUGAACUGGACACGGACCUGUCUGAGAGAGGCUCCCUCAUCCUCUAUCUAGACAAGGUGUCCAGCAAAGAGACGGAGUGUCUGAAGUUUAAAGCUCACCAGCACUUCGAAGUGGGUCUGAUCCAGCCGGCAGCUGUGACGGUGUACGAGUACUAUGCCCUCGAAAACCGCUGCACAAAAUUUUACCACCCAACCCAAGAGAGCGGCUUGCUGAAGGUGCUGUGUGAGGAGGAGGCCUGCCGUUGCAUGGAAGAGAAGUGCAGCCUGAUCAAGAAAUUUAAACACCCCCCUGCUGACAUCUCUGUCCGCAUCGAAGCAGCGUGCGAAGCUGGGGUGGAUUACGUCUAUAAAGCUCAGCUGGUGAAGGUACAGCAGAACGGGAUGUACAAUUACUUCACCAUGAGGAUCGUGCAGGUCAUUAAGGAAGGGACAGAGCAAAGCAUUCAGGGGAAGACCCGUCGAUUUAUCAGCCCAGUGGCUUGCAAGGCGACCCUGAACCUGCUGGAGAACAGGAGCUACUUGAUCUGGGGCCUCAGCAGUGACCUGUGGGACGUGAAGACUGAGAUGGCGUACUUGCUCGGGAGCGGUUCCUGGAUUGAGCUGUGGCCAAACCCCCUGGAAUGCCAGCAGGGACAUUUCCAGGCCCUCUGCAAGGGGCUGGAGGUGUUUGCCCAACACAUGGUGACAAAUGGCUGCCCUUCAUAGACCAAGAAGAUAAGGACCCAGGAAUGUCAUCACCAGCUGUCCCCCUAUCUGUGGGGAGAUCUCCCUCAUAACCCCAUCUAUAGUGUAAACUGGAGUCACGGCAGACCCUCUAUACAUUUCACAGAAGCAGGGGUAGGACUCACACCCUUCUGCAUGCAGUCCCCUGCCUCUGGAUCUGCAGGAGAAUCUCCUUCAGCUGCUCAUAGCAUAGGGCUUGACACACAGCUAUGCAGUUCAA